UCUGCCAAAUUUAUGAAGUUCACAUUUCUCAAAAAGAGAUAACCAUACUUCUAAGUUCUAACCUUUAUCUAAACUUUCUUAAUACUUCCAUUUUUUCCUUGUCAAAUUUACUCUGCUUUUUUAAAGCAUAAUAAUAAUAGACAAGCAGAAGAUAUAAAAUGGUACUAAUCCAAUAAUUCUUCUCUCUUUGUCCCCUUUUUUUCUCUCUUUCUCUCUCCUUCUUCUUCAGCUGUGCGUGGACUUGAUCAACAUUUUUGUACGACAAAUUAAGUAGUCAACUAAAAAAUGGGCGUCUAUCUUAGCACGCCUAAGACUGAGAAAUUCUCAGAGGAUGAUGAGAACAGCAGGGUUAAAUUUGGAUUAUCUUCAAUGCAAGGUUGGCGAACGACUAUGGAAGAUGCUCAUGCUGCCUUUCCUGAUCUGGAUGAUUCAACUUCAUUCUUUGGUGUUUAUGACGGUCAUGGAGGUAAAGUAGUUGCCAAGUUCUGUGCAAAGUACCUUCAUCAACAAGUUCUGAAGAGUGAGGCAUAUUCUGCUGGAGAUUUAUCAAUGGCUCUGCAAAAAUCUUUCUUUAGAAUGGAUGACAUGAUGCGUGGACAAAGAGGGUGGAGGGAGCUAGCUGUUUUGGGUGAUAAAAUAAACAAGUUUACUGGAAUGAUAGAGGGGCUAAUAUGGUCUCCAAGGGGUGGUGAUGGCAAUGAGCGUGAUGGUGAUUGGGCCUUUGAGGAAGGGCCUCAUUCUGAUUUCUCGGGUCCUACUUCUGGAUGCACUGCAUGUGUUGCACUUAUUAGAGGCAACCAACUUCUUGUUGCAAAUGCUGGUGAUUCUCGCUGUGUAAUCUCCAGAAAGGGGCAGGCUUAUAAUCUGUCUAGAGAUCACAAACCUGAACUGGAUGCUGAGAAAGAACGAAUAAUAAGAGCUGGCGGAUUCAUCCAUGCAGGACGAGUAAAUGGCAGUCUGAACCUAGCAAGAGCUAUAGGUGAUAUGGAAUUCAAGCAAAAUAAAUUUCUUCCUGCCGAAAAGCAAAUUGUAACAGCAAAUCCAGACGUAAACACGGUUGAACUUUGUGAUGAUGAUGAUUUUCUGGUGCUAGCCUGUGAUGGCAUAUGGGACUGCAUGUCAAGCCAGCAGCUUGUUGAGUUUGUUCAUGAACAAUUAAGCACGGAAACUAAACUCUCAGUGGUGUGCGAGAGAGUGCUUGACAGGUGUUUGGCCCCAUCAACUGCUGGCGGCGAAGGCUGCGAUAACAUGACAAUGAUUCUGGUUCAGUUCAAGAAACCUAUACAACCAAAUGUCCCUGCAUCUACCAACCAAGAGCCAUCACCAUCUGAACCAGCUGCUGAAGUUACUGAUUCCAAACAAGAACCAGAACAGACUUAAUCAAGCUAAUGAAGGAAUAAUUUGUUGAUUUACCAGGUUAUUUGUAAAUGAUCCAACAUCCAACUGAAGAUGAUGACUCAACUAGUGGUAAUAUUUCUGUUAUAACGUGCAUAUAACGAAAAACUGGAGCUUUAUAAUAGGAUGUACAGAAUUUUUGUGUUGAAAUAAUUCCUUUCAAGUACUAGAAAAACAUUGUAGACCACUUAAAGAUGCUGAUUAGUGAUUACUGCUUCAUGUCUUUUUGUUUUAUGGUAGUUCUUUGCUUUCUCUUUUU